CAGCGGACUGCGUCCUAAUGCCAUCACGCCAGCUUCACUUAGUGGUUCAUGUCUGGCCGGACAUCUGGAAAGGGGGGUCGCGCCGAGUAAUACCUCCUCAAGCCACCGUCAUCGCUCUCUGUCGGCUUUGGUCUUCAUGCUUCCUUCGUCGUCUCUCUAGCCGCAUUCGGCUUCUGUUUGCUGCGCGGACCUUCUUGCGCGUCUCCCCCCUCUUCAUACAAACAUAGACACCCUCUUUCCAUUCCCCACACUUGCUUCGCGAUCUGGCACCCUCCAGCAGGCGGCGCCAAUUUUUCUUUUGUUUUCACUGCCCCAGCACAUUCUCGCCACCUGUUCUCUCGAUCUAUCGUACCCUCACCGUCGUUCAUCCGACGCGGUCAUCAUGAAGGUCACCGCGGUGAAAGCAAAAGCGGGGCUCGCUGCGCUUGGCGCAGCCAGCGGUGUCUCGGCCUUUGGCAGUCACCCCGCUCGCCUUCUCCCAGGCAACAUCGUCGCACCCAACAACGUCCUAUCGAGCCGCCAGGCCUCUGCCAACAUACUCGACAUCAACAGCUACAUGGCCUCGUCGUACAAAAAUGGAUCUACUGCGCCGGGUGCAAGGGCGCAGGAUGCAGCUGGGCAGUACGUCGUCAUCGACGACAGCCUCGGUGCGGACGACAACUCGCAGGUGCCCCAUUGCGACACGAUCUUCAUCGGCAGCGCUGCCGUGGCCGGGUCCGACGACGGUGGUUGGCAAGCAUUGCCGAACAUCCUAGGCUUUGACCUGAUGCGCGACGUUAAGGUCGAUGGGGACACUGUCUUGCCGUACUUUAUGGAGCACGGCAAAGACCCCAGCAAAGUCAAGCGCAUCAUCUUUGCGCAGCCGGGCAAGCCGCGCGACAGCUGGAAAUACUCGAAUCUGAUCCGCAAUAGUCUCAUCUGCGCGGCGGGUAACAAGACCAUGGGCGUCGACCUCUCGACCAUUCUGGUGGUUGCUCCUGCCUGGUUGAACGAGAAUGAUGCAAAAGCGGGAGCAGCGCAAGCCAACGAUCUCUACUGGCCAGGAAGUAGCUGGGCAAGUGGCGCACUUGCCUCGGGUCCCGGGUCCGCCAAUCCAUCGAGCUUCCACGCUUUUGAUGUCCUCAUCAACUCGUUCUUCAGCAACAAGUCAUAUUCCUCACUCAACAAUGUUUUUGUCGCGGGCCACUCCCUCGGGGGCACCUUCACGCAGCGGUAUGCCAUGCUCCGCACCCCUAACGAGAACGACCCCAACAUUGCGUUCUGGACGGGCAACUGCGGAGCGUACGUCUGGCCUACUAGCACGAGGCCUGUCAUGAACAAUGGCACAUGUCCGGGUCAGUUUGAUGAGUGGCCUUACGGCGUGAACGAUACAGAUCCCAAGAACAUCCCGGCGUACGCCAGGAAGGGUUUCGACAAGCAGGAAACGCUCAACACGUACUUUGGGCGACAGGUGCACUACAACCUUGGUCUUCUCGAUAACGGUCCUGGUGACACGCAUUGCGAGGCCCAAUACCAAGGCCCGACGCACUUGACGCGCGGUGUGAACCUGCAAGCGACCCUCGCUCAGAUCCCCGCCGCGAGCGGUCAUACUUUCGAUUAUGUCGCCAACACUUCGCACCAAGACUACAAGAUGUUCAGCUCGGUAGCUGCGCAACAGCGCUUGUUUGUCAACGGCAUUGACACGAAGAAUGCGCUUGCGAGCACCAGCGCCAAGGGGAAGGGCAAGGGGAGUAGCUCGAGCAACAGCAGCAAGUCGAGCGCAGCGAAAGUUGUUGUUGUCUCUGCUGGUCUCGUCACCGCUGGGCUCACCGUUGCCGCUGCUUCACUACUCUGAGGACAGGGGUGGUGACGACUGGGGCACUUUCUUUUUUGGUUCUUUGGGACAUCGAGACGGGUGUCUCUGCAAUGGAACGCACACGGACAAUUUCCCACCAUCACGGCCUUUUUGCAAUGGAACGAACAACAUGCUCGAUACACCUUAAAUGGACCAUUACUGGUAUACAACACAACGCAUGCUCCAGGUGACACCUUGAGUCGAUUUGUUGCGAACACGCACAACACUCCUUGACACGCCAAUUCAAUGCUUUCAUUUCUUCACCCCCCCCCAAAAGAAAUCUCACUGCAUAAUCAGUUAGCGCGC